AUGGACUAUAUUAUGUUCACGGCAUGGAAUAUAAUACUCCUGGUUGCAGCAAUUAUUAUUUAUUCUGGAUGUCGACGAUCCUAUUCCAUAUAUUUUUUUGAGCGUGAUGCAAAAAAAAUCGUAUUCCUAGAAAAUGAAAUUGCAAUUGCUGUUCCAAUAGUGGCCUCAGUUAUGUUGAUUAUUUUACAUUACAGUUUAAAACUAUCUAGUAAUAAUAACAUGGAUGAAAAAAUGGCAGGAAAAAAACGAUUUGAGUUACGUGCAUCGAGCAUAUCACGUCAAUUAGUGAAAAAAAUGCCUACAAAAUUGGAUAGUAUUUCAGAAUCAGCUGUUGCAAACAAAAACGAAGAAGAAAUCGAAAAUGUUGAUGAAGCAGUUCCUUCUGAUGAAACUCAUCGAGAAAGUUCAUCCCCUGAAACAGCAUUAUUGCGAAGAUCUUCUAUUCUAAGCGACGAUGAAAUAGCUAUUGAACGUAAACGAUCUGAGAUAUACAAAAAAAUAGUCAAGGUUUUUUUCUUCCCAUCAGUGGAUGAGGUAGUAACAGUUAUGCAGUGUCCAUCGAUUGGCAUAUCAAAGCAUUCUGUUUUGGUCAUCUUAGGUCGGCUUAUUGCUAUUCAUAUACCACUCUGGCUAGGUGUUAUUGCUGUACAAAUUACAUUGGUUGAAAUAUUUGAUAGUAAGUUCUAUCACAUAUUUUACUAUCAUCAUCCUAAAAUGAAGCAACUGUCCAUCGUCAUUGCUAUAUUAUUGGGAAUUUUUCAUGAGAUCAAGUGGACAUGGUUUGUUAAUGAUGUUUUGGGUAUUGCAACAUCUUAUGUUAUCAUUGCACGUACUGAAACAGCAAGUUAUUUCGCUGGCUUUUUAUUUCUCCUUGGAAUGAUUUCGUUUGACAUAUUUUGGUUUUACUGUGUCGAUCUUUUCUCAUUGGUAACGAAGCAUCCUCGUUCACCAGUUAUGUUAACCAUUCCAUUGGGGAAAAACAGAAGGCCUGCUGGAAUUUCAACUGUUGACAUUAUAGUUCCAGGAAUUUUCCUAAAUAUUGUAUUGAAAUUUGCGGAAAUGUACGAUAUUGCAGUAUUCAUUCUAUCUUUUUACGCUUGUAUUUUUGGUCUUUUUGUUACUGAAUUGGUUACCUUAUUUCGACAGAAAUCAACACCAGCAAUAGUUAUUCCCGGAAUUUUCGCAAUAUUAGUUUCACUACUUAGCGCUGAUAAUUCAUUAGAUUUAUGGCGAUUUGGAAUUAAAUACUGA